AUGGCUCUCUGGAUCGAGUCGCUGCCUCUCUUGGCCCUUCUCGCUCUUUCUGGCCCUGGGACCAGCCAUGCAGUUGCCAACCAGCACCUCUGUGGCUCCCACUUGGUGGAAGCUCUUUACCUGGUGUGUGGAGAGCGGGGUUUCUUCUACUCCCCCAAAGCCCGACGGGAUGUUGAGCAGCCUCUAGGUAAGUCAGAAAAUAAAGGUGGAAGGAACGCAGGAAGCCUCCUUCCUUUGUGUCUGCAUGGCAGUGCAGUGAAGCGAGGGAUUGUUGAGCAAUGUUGCCACAACACCUGCUCUCUCUACCAACUGGAAAACUACUGCAACUAA